AGGAAUGGGUAAUAACUGGCAAGGGACUUCAUACCAUCAAUCUGGGGGGUAGGGAGGAGGAGAAAGAGAGAGCUGAGGACCAAGGGUGUUCCCUUCUCCUCCUGCCUAUGUGGCAAGUAACAGAAGUUUUGAAAGGUGCUUCAAGAAGGAGCACUGGCUGGUUUUGGGGUGAUUUGGUACCUCACCCUCUACAUUUGAGGGAAAACCCCUUGGCAAGAGGGGCUAGACAGAAUUGAGAGGGGAAAGAAAGAGAGGGAGAGAAAAGAAAAGUCAUCCUCCUGCUCCUCCUCCUUCUGUCCUUCCUCACUUCUCUCCCGACUCUCCACUGGUGCAGAGGAGGCAGCAUAUUCCUCCAGCCAGGGGCCUGCAGUUGGGGACCUGCUUGCCCUGAUUCAUCUUGCCGCUGCCUUCCCUGACCAUUGAGAACGCUUCUGAUGGCACCAACUCCUGGCGGCGCCCUGAGGAGCAGCCUCUGUAGGCAUCUCUUCUUCUAUCUCCUGGUUCUGUGUUUCUUUUGUGAUGCUUGUAAGAAAGUCGCUCUUAAAGUCCCCUUUCAUCUUCAGGCUGACACAUUUGUAGGCAGAGUUAAUCUAGAGGAGUGCCUCAAAUCGGCUGACCUCAUCCAUUCAAGUGAUCCUGACUUCAGAAUUCUGGAAGAUGGUUCAGUGUAUACAACAAAGAACAUUGGGUUGUCUUCUGAGGGAAGAACCUUUGCUAUUUUGCUCUCAGACUCUCAGAAACAGGAACAAAAAAAGAUAGAGAUUGCACUGUUAGCCCCAGAAAAGAAGAUACCUAUGAAAAGACAUGCAAAAGACAAAACUCUUAAGAGAACCAAAAGAAGAUGGGCUCCAAUUCCAUGUUCAAUAAUGGAAAACUCAUUAGGUCCAUUUCCACAACAAAUUCAACAGAUCCAGUCUGAUUCUGCACAAAACUACACCAUCUAUUAUUCUAUAAGUGGACCUGGAGUAGACAAGGAGCCCUUCAAUUUAUUCUACAUUGAGAGAGACACAGGGGAUAUCUUUUGUACACGUGCUGUAGACCGUGAGACAUAUGACAGCUUUCAGAUAACCGGUUAUGCAACAACACCAGAUGGUUACUCAACAGAUCUGCCACUCCCACUUCUGAUCAAAGUUGAAGAUGACAAUGAUAAUGCCCCAUGUUUUGAAGAUAUGAUUACUUUUAAUGUGAUAGAAAAUUGCAGAGUGGGUACUUCAGUAGGAAAAGUGGUGGCCACGGACAGGGAUGAGCCUGAUACACUACAUACUCGUCUGAAAUAUACCAUUUUGAAGCAGAUUCCAGAAAACCCAAAACAUUUUGCAAUCCAUCCAGAUACGGGUGUGAUCACUACCAUAUUGACACCUGACAGAGAAGCAUGCCCCACAUAUAUAUUGCAUGUUGAAGCACGAGAUAUGGCUGGCCAGAGUUUUGGUUUAUCAAGUACAGCAACAUUGACUAUUGACAUUAGAGAUGAAAAUGACAAUGCUCCAACUUUCCGAAAAACUUCUUAUGUGACAGAAGUGGAAGAAAAUAGAAUCAAUGUAGAAAUUCUGCGCAUGGAUGUAGAGGACAAGGAUUUACCCAACACUCCUCAUUCAAGAGCUAAAUACAUUAUCUUAAAGGGAAAUGAAAAUGGACAAUUCCAAAUCACUACUGAUCCUAAUACAAAUGCAGGCAUCUUACAUGUUGUCAAGCCACUGGAUUAUGAAGCUGCUCACCAAAUUAUUCUACAAGUUGGUGUAGUUAAUGAAGCUGAGUUCUCUAAAGGGACAAGUUCCAGAGGCAUUACAACUUGUACAACUUCUGUCAUUGUCAAUGUCAAAGAUACUGAUGAGGGACCUGAAUGCCAGCCUCCUGUAACAGUUAUAUCAUCUAAGGAUGGUAUGGUAGCUGGGAAAGAAAUCCGUGGAUACACAGCACGGGAUCCAGAAACCCACAGUAAUGAAGGCUUGAUGUAUCAGAAGCUAAAAGAUGAAGAUAAUUGGUUUCAAAUUAAUGAAAAAACAGGGAACUUGGUAACCACUAAAGUCCUGGAUAGAGAGUCACCAUUUGUAAAAAAUGACCAGUACAAUGUCACAGUGCUUGCAGUAGAUAAAGUUGGCAGAUCAUGCACUGGGACUUUGGUAGUACGUCUGGAAGAUGAAAAUGAUAAUUCACCAAUAAUUAAGAAAAAUGUGACAAUUUGCCGUCAUGGGGAUGAAGUUGGCAUGAUAGAAGCUGUGGAUCAUGAUGGACCAACGAAUGGUCCGCCUUUUAAAUUUACAUUGGAUAAUCAGUCUAGUAAACUUUGGACAAUACAAAAAAAGUCUGAUACAUCUGCCUUAAUUCAUCCAAAGGAAGGUCUCAAGAGUGAUUUUUAUUCAGUGUUCCUUAGAGUAGAAGAUCGACAUGGCCUUGGUCAAGUAUCUCAUUUAAAAGUCAAAUUGUGUGAUUGUACUUUACCGAGUGAUUGUAAGAUGAUACCUGGUCGGUUGAGAGAGGUAUCACCUUCAAAUAUACAUCUUGGAAAAUGGGCUAUCCUUGCAAUGGUGCUGGGUUCUGCACUGCUACUAUGUGUCCUGUUUACAUGUUUCUGUGUUACCACUAAGAAGACAGUACAAAAAUGUUUCCCAGAAGAUAUAGCUCAACAGAAUUUAAUUGUAUCAAACACAGAAGCCCCAGGAGAAGAAGUGAUGGAAGCAAAUAUUAGACUCCCCACACAGACUACAAACAUUUGUGAGCCAGUUAUCUGCUCUGGGACACUUGGUGGACAGGGAACCAAAACUGGUGGACAACAAAGUUUUGAAAUGGUCAAAGGUUACACCUUGGAAUCAACCAAAAGUGGAGGACAUCAGACAUUGGAAUCAUAUAAAGGAUCAGGACAGGGACUGGUGGAUACUGGAAGAUAUGCAUAUACUGAUUGGCAUAGUUUUACACAACCUCGCCUUGGUGAAAAGGUGUAUCACUGUGGACAGGAUGAAGAGCAUAAGUAUUCUAAAGACUAUGUCCUUCCAUAUGACUAUGAAGGAAAAGGAUCUCUAGCUGGCUCUGUAGGCUGUUGCAGUGAUCGGCAGGAUGAAGAGGGACUUGAGUUUUUAGAUCAUCUGGAACCCAAAUUUAGAACAUUAGCAAAGACAUGCAUAAAGAAAUAAAGUGUGAGGCAGUGGGGUGUUGUGAAAAGAGAACACAAUUUGGAGUCAAAUGACUGGAUUCAAAGCCUGAUUGUUACUUACUAGCCCAUUCUAUCUUUAGGAGGUCAGUGAAAUCAAAUGUCUGUAAAGUGCUUUGUAAAUACUAAUGCAACAAGUAAGUGUGAGCUAAUAGUAGUAUUACUAAGCAAUAACGUCUCUGGGCCUCAGUUUCCUCAUUUGCAAAACGAGUAUUUGGAGUUGAUCCUUUCCAACUCUGCAUCGUAUGAUACUAGUUGACAAUUAUAAAUAACUCUUUAUGAGUUUUUCACAGGGAUUGUAAAUUGCAAUUUUUUUGUCAGAAUUCUCUCUCUCUCUCUCUCUCUCUCUUCAUAUCUAUCUAUCUAUAUCUAUAUAGAAAUCUCUCUGUCUCUGUCUCUCCCUCAUCUUUCUCCCUCAUUACAAAAGGUAAAUUCCAUCAAGGUUUGACUCAGUUUUCAUUUUAAAAGGUUUUCAAUUAUUCCAUUUUUUCACUUAACACAACACAUUGUCUUCCUUUCCUAUGCUUUAAUAUAGAACAAGCAAGUGAGAUCCACUUGGAAUAUUUUAUGCAAUCUUGUACGUUAUGUAUCUUUUCUAUGAAUAGAGAUACCUGGGGAAUGAAUAGAUUGUCAAGGGUAAUGAAAUAUAAGAUUUUAAGCUUGUUUGAUUAUGAGUGAGUCCUUUCACUCUCAUUUAAUUAAUAGAAAUGUAAGAAUUUUAAUAUCCAAGAAAGAAGAGAGAAAUAUUGGAGCUGUCCUGGGAACAGGAAGGUCUGGAUUCAAGUUUCACCCUGUUACAUACUGGCUGGUAGAUCCUUACCUUCUCAGUGCCCUAGGCAGCUCUCUAAAGACUAUAUAUUGUAGAGAAGGUACACAUAGAUGCACAGUGGAGGGAGUUUCCUCUCCAGAGAGUUCUUUAUACCAAUGAAAUCACAGGUCCUAUCCCUUACCUAGUAAUUGCCAAUAUUCCUUUGUGGAUUCUUUGGCUUUACAAUCAAAGGUCCGCUUCAAGCAUCUUAUCCCACAGAGCUGAGCUUGCCUGAAAUAAGUGUAAUUCUCCUUCAUAUAUAUGUUCAAAACUCUGAAUUUUUGUCAUUAGAAUAUGGCAUGGGUAAUUUAUUAUAUCUCUGUUUACAAGGCAUUGUGUAAAUGCAAAACAAGAUAAGAAAAGAACAUUGGGAUUAUUGAAUUUUCCUCACUACAGUCAGAGAAAUGAAAAUAAAACCAGUUUUGAAGUUUUUUUCAGGAAAUGAAAAAAAAUAAAACUGAUGUAUAUACAUAAAAUAAUUCAAGUGAUUUUUUUUAGUUUUAAACUUCUCAAUUAUACAUCAGUCCAGAAAAGAGCAGAGAUAUUUUUUAACAAAUAUUUGUUAAGAGAUUGUAUUAUUAGACUUGAAAUAUCUAUGGAUAAAAAUUGCAAAUGUCAUGGAGAUAGUUUUCUGUCUAGAAAAAAAGAUUUCUCUUUGUCAAUUAAUUGGUUAGCUAGUGAAUAGGGUGCCUGGUUGGGCUUUUUGUUUCUGUUGUCUCAUUUUCUCCUCAGUGGCAAUUUCCAGUCUGUGUGUUCCUUAAAAUAAAAGUGUUGGAGCAAAAGAGAUAUGAUAAAUGACACAACUAAAACUGACUUGUUACACUGAAGACAUUUCCAAUGCACUUCUGUACCUAAUUUGCACUGUAACUCCCAAGAAAGAUGGUAGUACUGGUAGGAAUGUGAUAAGGAUUAAUUAACAACAUGAAAAGCUAUUUGCAUGCAGUUUUGUGGAGAAAGUUUUCUGAAUAUAGAGAAAAAGGUAACUGCUGCACCAUUAAUUUAUUCCUAGCUUUAUUUUCUAUACUACACUGUUCUCAAAGCUGUUUUAGGGAAGAAACAAGAGUGGAAGUGUGUGUCCAAACAUCAUUGCAUAAAAGACCAAUGAUUUUGGUGGGGUGGGAGCUCCCUCCACCAAGGCAGAUCACAGCUCAGCUUUAACUCAUUGUCAUGGAGGGUCAUAGAGGUUACAUAUCUUCUGCUGACAAUAAAUGACAGAAAUCAGAGUUGAACUCAGGUCUUCCUGACUUCAAAUCAAGCACAUUAUCCACUACGGCUUAUUUACUUUCAUGUAUGUGAACAUAAAAUUUUAUGUUUCGAAGAUGUAUUUCUGCUUCAACUAAGAGAAGCCAUUGUUAAAAUUCAGGGGGAAAAUUUUGCAGAAGUCUGGGAGACAAAGGAGUUCUAAGAUGAUUUUCGCUGUUUUAAAAAACACUUGGAUAUCAUUAGUUUUUACCUCUCAGAAAUACCAAUUUAUAUUCUGUGUUAAAACUAAUGUGAUUCUGAAGACAAUGCCAUGACUGAAAUGAUAAUGUGUGUAUGACAGAAGUUGCAGAAUUUAAAAUGUCCUACAAAUUCAUAAGCUAAUACUUGUUAUUACAAUUGUUAAUACAAUUAUUUUCUGUACUUUUAGUGUUUCAAUCCUUAAAAACAGAUCUCUAAUGGAACAAAUAGCCAGUGGUAGGGUGAGAAAGAACUGUAUUUUGCAAUAAAUUUACUUUUUUUUCUGC